AGCCCCUUUCAAUGGAGGAGCAGCCCGGCCAGCACCACCACCACCACCACCAUUACUACUACUACAACCACAACCACCACCAGCACCACCUCCAGCAGAGCCCCUACCUGCAGCACGCGGCCGAGCCCGGCCCCAAGGCCCCGCCGAAGCCGCCGCUGAAACAUGAGCACAAGCACGCGGGCCCGCAGCCCCAGGACACGCCGAAGAAGAAAACAGGCUAUGGAGAGCUAAAUGGUAACGCAGGAGAAAGAGAAGUAUCAUUAAAGGGCCUGUGUGCUGAUGAAACAACCAACCCAUCUUCCAGGGUACCGAAUGGCAGCCAGCAACUUGUAGACACUAAUGUAAACCCAAAGCAGACUGUUAAGGCAAGCACCUUUGGGAAAGCUGGAAUCAAACCCAAGAACUUCAUUCAGAAAAACAGUAUGGACAAAAAGAAUGAAAAAAUUUAUGAGAAUAAACUGAGAGAAAAUCAAUCCUCAGACAAGCCAGAGGCAGUAUCUAUUCCAAAUGGUGUUGUAACAAAUAGUUCUGGUUAUAUCACUAAUGGCUAUGUAGGCAAAGGGGCAGAUAAUGAUGGUAGUGGGUCGGAGAGUGGCUACACCACACCUAAGAAACGGAAAGGCAGGCGUAACAGUGCCAAGGGCUGUGAGAACCUGAGCCUAGUGCAGGACAGAAUAAUGCAACAGGAGGUCAAUGCCCCAUCCCUAAAACAGGAACUCGAGAGUUUCAAGACUGACUGUAGUGAACAAAAAGGAAACAGAGUUGACAAUACUAAACCUAUUUGGAAGUAUGAAGCUGGGCCUGGAGGAGCAGGUCGUGGGAAAGCGGGGGCUGGGGAGGUACAACGAAAAAACUCUGAUGCCAAACCUGGGAUUAGCGGCAAAAAGUUUGAUGACCGGGCCAAGGGGAAGCAUGCGUCAGCGGCUGCGUCAAGAGAGGACUCGUGGACCCUGUUUAAACCACCCCCAGUUUUCCCAGUGGACAACAGCAGUGCUAAAAUAGUUCCUAAAAUAAGUUAUGCAAGCAAAGUUAAAGAAAACCUCAACAAAGCAGCUCAAAACCCAUCUUCGUCUCUGUCGUCUUCAUCGUCAUCAUCUUCCUCUACUGGAGAAACGCAGGCCCAAAUGCCGAGUCGACUGUCCCAAGUCCCCAUGUCUGCUAUGAAGUCUGUUACUUCUGCUAGCUUUUCGAAUGGGCCCAUUUUAGCAGGGACUGAUGGAAAUGUAUAUUCUCCAGGGACCCAGCCACUGCUCACAACUGCUGCUAGUACUUUAACAUCAACCUCGUCUGAGUCCGUACACCAGGACAUAAGUACAACUUCAACAGCCGUUGAACAAAAGAAGUCUAGCCUUUUUAUCUACCCUUCAAAUAUGCAAUCUGUGCUUUUGGGUGCAGCACAGGUAGAUCUGCCAUCUCAGACAAAUCAGCAGAACCUGGUGGAUAUCUUCCAGAACCAGUGGGGUUUAUCAUUUAUAAAUGAGCCCAGUGCUGGGCCUGAGACUGUUCUUGGGAAAUCAGUGGAUAAUAAAAUAAUGGAAGUGACAUUUCAAGGGGAAUAUCCUGCCACUUUGGUUUCACAGGGUGCUGAAAUCAUUCCCUCAGGGACUGAACAACCUGUGUUUCCUAAGGCUUAUGAGCUGGAAAAACGGACUAGCCCUCAAAUACUUAGUGGUAUUAUAAAGCCUGGGACUGCUAGUGAGAUUGGAGUCUUGUCUUUGGAGCCACAUCACAUAGGUGAUCUGCAAAUGGCAGACAUCAGUAGCCAAGGUGCUUUAGUAUUCCUCUCAAAGGACUAUGAACUAGAGAAUCCCUUGGCCUCUCCUACGAACAAUUUGUUAGCCUCCGCCAAAGAUCAGAGGUACCAGAGAGGCCUAGAAAGGAAAGAUAGCUGGGGUUCUUUUGACCUGAGGGCUGCUAUUGUAUAUCACACUAAAGAAAUGGAAUCUGUUUGGAAUUUGCAAAAGCAAGAUCCCAAAAGGAUAAUCACUUACGAUGAAGCCAUGGAAUGUCCAGAUCAAUGAAGGUAGCAGGACAAGACUACCUGUUUCAACCUUUCUGCAGCCUGAUGCUGUUCACAGGGGACAAAAGGCUUUUAUGCGCCUUCUAAAUCUUCAGUGCAGCAGAGGAACCAUAACUAGAAUCACAGGAUAAUAUAUACAAAUUAUAUAUAGUUAUUUAAAAAAUGGCGACUGAAAGUAAUUAGACUUCUUAAGGAAUCUGAAAAUUUAUUUCAACAGACUUCACACGUGAUUAUUUAAUCUCCGGUACUGAAUAGGUUUUUUUAGUUUUGUUUUUUGUUUUUGUUUAAAGAGCGAAUGCAAAUGAUUAACGAAUACAGACUCAGUUCACAAGCCUGGUUCUAAAGUUCCUGCUGUCAUCAACGUGGGCAACAGUGACUGUUGGAGAGGCAUUUCCACUUUACAAGGUUUCUGUUUCUUGUUCUGUGACUGUAGUGAUACACUAAUGACAGGGAAAUUGGGAUGUUUCACCAUCCUUCAUCUCCCCUUCCCCUCCACCUCCUUUUCGUUUUAGUUUGUUUCACUUUGAACCCUGUGCGAAUGCUGGAGAAACGCCUUGAAGUUUGCAGGGUUUCCUUUUUUCCAGAGAAUAUAAUCUGCAUGUCUUGCCAGGAGUCAACCAGCCCAUCAGGUGCUGAGAAAAUUGUCUUAAAGCAUCGUUCUUCUGGGGGGAAAGAUUGUAAUUCUGCAGUUCUGGGAUACAGAGUUGACAACUCCGGUUACAUUUUGGACUAUUACAACUGAAGCGCUCUUUCAUGAGUGUCAUUUUAAAAGACAACAUGCAAAACAAGCAAUUGGUUUAGGCAUUUAAUAUGGAAAAAACCCUGUUCCCACACUUUUAUGCCAUUGUAUCACUGGGAGCAAAAAAAAUAUAUAUAUACAUAUAUAUAUCUCCUGCUAUCAAAAUGUAGGUGCUUCAUAUUUGCUCUGUCUGUCUCAACACUAAAUGUGCUUUUUUCCUGUUUUCACUGAAAACCUGAAGAGAAAUUGUGUUCUGCUAACUUUCACCCUUCUUCAAUUAUUUUUUUCUCUUUAGAAAUAAGUUCUAAAAAAAGGAAAAAAAAAAAAAAAGGAAAAAAAAAAGAAAAAGGAAAAAAAGAGAAAAAACCUAUGGGAAUCGUAACUCUUUUCCAUUUGUCCCUGAAAGCAAUGGGUGAGGGAAUACUGUCCCGGCCAUUGGAAAUAGUCUUUUAUAUUUUAAUGCAGUCUGUGUAUUUCUGAGCUCUUUUGCUGCUUCUCAUUAUAGCUCUAUUAAAAUAUAUUUUAUUACAAGAGCAAAAUGGGGGGUGGGGGAGGAAUGAAAAUUAAAAAAAAAUUCAAAACAAAGGAAAGCUUUCUGGCAAUAGCAGAGAAGGCAGAAGAGUGCAGGCUCCAAUUGUGUAACCCAUCCUGUCGCGCUGCAGCUUGUGUGAAGCAUGUUAAAAAUGUGUUGGGGUUGGUUUUUUUGGUUUGUGUGUGGGGUUUUUUUUGUUCUGUUUUUUGGUGCAAAAUUCCUGGGGUCCAAUGUAAGACUGAUCAGUUAAUCAUUAGUGAAACAAAACAAGUUUUCUGGCCUGUCCAAAUUCCAUACAGACACAACUUUUAAAUAUUCUUGUAUGUUCACAGCUGAGUGUUGGCUACAAUAUUUGGGCAUUUAGAUUGACAGGAGUUAGCAUCUGGUAAAAUCAGACUGGACCCCAUGAGGUAUAUGGGGACAGAAAUAACCCCAUUACUUUUGCCUACUCUUUGUGCUUAGAUGUAUCUACUCUUUAUUUUUUUUAAAUGAAAAUAAUUAGGUAUGUAGCAUGCGUUUUUUUAAUUGUUUCAUGCUUUUAUUGAGGUUGUUCCUGAAUGAAGCUCUCAGGUUCAUAGUGGGACAAAGAAACUUUAAUUUUUCCUGUACCUUUUUAAAAUUGUUCGCUUUCUGCCAUGCUUAGUUUUAAAAGUAUAACUGUGGAUUGCCUACUCCAUUUUAUGUAUUAUACUAUAUAUAUAGUACUAUACUAUAUAUACUAUAUAUAUAGUAAUAACUUACUGUAUCAGUCCAGGUUCAGAAACUUGUGGUUGGCCAGUUGCGGAAUAGUUCUAUUUCACCUAUAAACUGUAUCACCUUUACAGGUGUUUGUAACUUUCAGAUGUACAAUAUGUUUACAGAUGUGCCCUGCAUCUAGUCCUCCCACGUUCCUAUUUUUUAAUUCUGUUAAGUCUCCUGACUGCUUGCCAAAAGUUGGAAUCGCUGUUGGUUUCUCUGUGAAAGAGAACUGAUGAUGCAUUCUUGAGCUUUAAAGUGUUGAACAAACUGGAAAAUAUGACUUAAAAGUUGAGGCGAAAAAUGUUUUUUGUUUUUUUUUUUUUAAAUCUUUCAGGUCAAUAGCAAAGUCUCUAGUUUGUUUUACAGGCUUUAAAGUUCCGCUGUAUAUUUAUUUGCCUUGUGUAAUCACUUGCCAGCUUAAGGGCUGGAUUCCAUAUAAAAAAGCCGUUUUGCCUGCAUGGGGUAUAAAGCUGUGCUCCCCACAACAUCUGCUUUUGGGGCUGGUGUGACGCAAGAGCAGAACAGCAAUAUCUUUGAAAUGGAAUCUGACCCUUAGAGUUUAGAAAUGUGUCUUAGUUUUGAUGAGUAUUGAGGAAACUCACCUUAGCUGAUCCAGUGCAUCUUUCAAAUAAUGAAAUAAGUUCUCAACCGAAACAGAAUAAAAUAAUCUCUAAAUGUUUUUGUUCCUCCGGCUUUUACUCACAUCUUGCCCCUUCCCUAGGCCCAUUGGUAUUUGACGCAGAAACACCUUCUACAGCUCUCUCCAUUGUGUUUCUGAGCAUCUCAUUUCUUAAAAUAUUUCACCAUCUGCCUCCUCCACUCAAAAGCUCCAUUGGUUGUACCAUUGGCUUUAAGCAGUUAGGAAAUUCUCUUUCUGAGAGCCCUGUAGUUCCAGCUUGCUAACAAAGGCAGUAUUUCUGGGCAACAGAAACUUUGGAUAAACUUUAUUGCCUAGGGACAGGCAGGACCAUGGAAUAAACUUCCUUUGUGCUGUUUUGUAACACUUAACCCUCUCUGUGUCUGCAGUCUUUCUCCUUAAGUCCUCACACAAUUCUUUACUGAGCACUUAUUAAAAAAAAUCUUAAGAGUUAA